UACAUUUAUUUUGACCCCGUACACCAAAUGCGAUCACGACACGCAGGUUAAAAUAUCAAAACAAACUCUGAACAAAUUACAUUAAUUUGGGAUUUAGCUAGUUAGCUUGCACUUGCAAGCUAAUUUGUCCUAUUUAGCUAGCUUGCUGUUGCUAGCUAAUUUGUCCUGGGAUAACCGAAUCGUUUCUAGUCAUCUCUCCUCCUUCCAGGCUUUUCAUCUGUGAAAUUAUAUGGUGAUAUUGGCAUCUACACUUUUACCAGGACAACCGGCAAAACAUUUCGUCUUUCAAUCACCCACGUGGGUACAACCAAUGAGGAGAUGGCACGUGGGUACCUGCUUCUAUAAACCAAUGAGGGGAUGGGAGAGGCAGGACUUUCAGCGCGAUCUGCGUCAGGAAUAGAAAGGAGUUCUAUUUUAGCCAUUGGCAACGCAGACGCUCGUUGGCGCAAUAAUUGAAUAACAUGGAUUUCUACAUUUAUUUUUCGAUGCACGUGACGUGUCUGGUCAGCAUGCUACACAACAUGGAAUCCAUGUUUUGAUUUUGAUAUGGAGAUGGGGUGUUAGCAUCUAACAAUUGGAUUGAAUUACUUCCUGGGCACAGCUCGUCGACGCAUUCACUACCGUCCACUGACCACGGAUAUACCCUCCGACAUGGGAACUGGUAGAUAACAGGACAAAUCGAGAGGUGACACCAAACCCUGUGAACCACUGAUUAGGUGUCUGAAAAUACUCCAUGAAGCACUGACUGUGUCGUCUUUGAGCGCCAUGGUAUCACGGUUGGAGAUAAUAGCCAAACAGAGAGGGAUGGGGUCCCACCUGAGCCCCACUGAGACAACCUGUUACCUCACAGCCGACAUGUUCUACCUAGAGGUCCUACUGCUGCCUGGGGGAGAGGUGGAGGACGUCAAGUUGGCCCAACACGGAGAAGCCCCUCUGUCAAGCGAGUCACUUCUUCAACUGCUAAAGUCAAAGAAGUUUGAAGAAUUCUCAGUGAAACUGAAAGGCCUUUCCUCCCUGUACAACAUCCCUGGAGACAAUGAGACCAAGAUCAAGGUCUACACAGCCCUUCAGUUCUUGGGGAAAGAUCUACAGAAGAUAUCCCAUUUGCCAAGAGCACUGAGGGAGUGCAAUCUUCAAGUGGACAUGAUUCUCAAUGGCAGGAUUGGCUAUCUUACGGCAGGGAGCGAAGGUAUCCCAAUGACUAUCCAAUACUACAUCAGCCCUUCUGACAUUCUGUUGGAGAUGUCUGAUUCAGAGCGAGGCAGUGUUGGCCAGUUGGCCUUGGUGACAGUGGGGCCAACUGACACUACACACAAGCUCCAGGUGGCAUCUGUCAUCCCACAGCCACCUCAGCUUGACGCCCAGGGUCUACCAUUGUUCAGUCCUCUCUGUGAGGUGCUCUCUGAAAUGAUGCCAGCCUGCUUCCAGCUCAAACUGCAGCCACCCCUACCAAUGCUCUCUUCCUUUGUUGAGAAGCUCAGCCAAAUUACAGAUGUUGCCAUAGCUGAUGCUGACCUGCAGUGGGCACCUUUUCCCCAGUUAAUGAUGACCUUAUUAGGGGAAGAUGGUGGCGACAAAACAUGGGAUGGCCAAGAUGCCCACUUUCUAGUGCCCCUCCCAGGUAAAGAGAUACACAGCUAUGUGCUGCCGGGGGCGGCAUGGGAAGAAGCUGCUCUGAGGGGGGCGCUGAUGAGUACCAUACCCUUUGCCCACCCCGCCCAUGUCCCUGCCCUACUGGAGCUGCUCCGCCACCAGUGUGCAAUUAACACUCUACUGGCCAGCUGCAUUACCUCUCACAGGCCCAGCCCAGGUCCAGUGUGUGACCUAUACUGCGAGGUCUUCCCUGAGUCAGGUUCCAGCCUUACUGUGACCUUUCACCUAUCUGACAGUGACUCUCUAUCUGUUUUGCUGGUGAAUGUGUCAGACUCCCGGAAGCUCACCUGCAGUCUGUUUGCAGUGGGGUCAGAGUCAGAAUCCAUGGAUGAAUAUGUCUCCAGAGUCCUAAAGAGAUGUAUGUCUAUUCCUGUGACCAUGCGUGCCUUGAAUCGGAGGCUGUCCAAGAGGACCCGUGGAGAACCUCUACCUGCAUGCUCCUCUACCAUAUCCACUGCAGAUGUCAGCCCUGCUUCUCCUCUCCCCAUAUCCUGUGAGGCUGACGGCAGUCUCUCUUCUGGCUCUGGCCUGGAGUCCAUUGGCAUCCCUACUACCCCCUCUACCGCUGCCGUGUUCUCCCAGGAUGCAAUGGGGCCGGAUACCACCCCAAUGGAGGCAGAGUCUGCCUUCUGUCUGUCUGUUGCUGAAGUCAAUACAAACCCUACUGCCAACCCUUACCCCUGUGCCUCGGUGUGUGUGUAUUCACAUUGGAUGCACAACAACCAUCUCCCAGAACUUAUCUAGUCAGUUUAAUGCGUGACCCACAAAGGGGUUAAAAUGUUUAAGUCAGCUUUAUUUUUUAGAACCAUCCAAUAAAAAUAUGAGUUUUUUGACCUAUUAGUAGUUUUGAGGUAGCUGUCACAUCAGCAUAAUAGGCUUUUAAACUAUAAUUACUUUAAUAUAAAGUAAUUGUACUGCUUAUAACUGUCCCUGCCAAAACAUAUUUUAGCAUAUAAGCAAGCCCUUAGCACUGUUUUACUUUGUUAGUGGGCUUCAGACGUCAGCGUGUUAAACUUCACAUAUUACUCUAAUUUAUGACAUGUCAAUCUUAGACCGUAGCAUGCACUGUGCAUGUAUUUGUAAUUGCUUUGAACCACAAUAUGAAUAUAGUGUGUAUUUCUAAUAA